ACGUACACAAACGGAGACGUGAAAGACGGUCUGCGAAGUUUCCAGGGAAUUCAACACAGGGCCGAUGAGCUGCGAUCGCAUUCCUUUGCGAAGAAAACGAAUUAAGUAUUGUCUAUAUAUUGUUUCAGAGACGCCAUUGCUUUGGCGAUCUCGUACACACACCCCGACUUGAAAGUAUUUUUAACGUAUAAUCGAUAUAUAUAUAUAUAUAUAUAUAUAUAUGUGUAUAUGUUCGAUGGCUUACGAGAAGGAGCUCGCUGCUGCGAAGAAAGCCGUCUCGCUCGCUGCUCGUCUAUGUCAGAAGUUGCAGAGGUCUCUGUCUCAAUCCGACAUCCUGACCAAACCUGAUAACAGUCCGGUUACAGUCGCUGACUUCGGUUCUCAAGUGGUGGUUACUCUUGUUCUCCAAAAGGAGCUUCAACCUGAGCCACUCUCUUUGGUUGCUGAGGAGGAUUCCGGAGAGCUGCGGAAGAAUGGCGCUGAGGCAGUUCUAGAAAGCAUCGCAAAUCUCGUGAAAGAUACUCUCGACAGUGACGGAUAUUACCCUUCUUCUCCUCUGUCCACGGACCAUGUGUUGAGAGCCAUAGAAUGUGGAAGAUCUGAAGGUGGUUCCACUGGUCGCCACUGGGUUUUGGACCCUAUAGACGGCACCAGAGGGUUCGUAAGAGGAGAGCAAUACGCAGUUGGAUUAGCUUUGCUAGUGGAAGGACAGGUCGUGCUCGGUGUCAUGGCUUGUCCUAACCUUCCUCUGGCCUGCGAUACACAGAAACCUUCUUCAGAUGAAGUCGGCUGCCUAUUCUCCGCUACAAAGGGAGAUGGGUCUUAUGUCCAGCCGCUCAAAGGCGACGGUACCCCACAGAAGGUACAAGUGAGCAGCAUCGACAACCCUGAAGAAGCAAAGUUCUUCGAGUCUUACCACAAGCCAAUGCCUAUCCACAGCUCCAUUGCCAAGAAACUCGGGAUCAAAUCGCUGCCCGUGAGGAUGGAUAGCCAGGCAAAGUAUGGGGCUUUGGCGCAAGGAGGUGGAGAAAUAUACUUACGUUUCACUCGCAACGGGUACCAGGAAUCCAUAUGGGACCAUGCUGCUGGUUCAAUUGUUACAACCGAAGCAGGAGGAGUGGUAAUGGACGCGGCAGGGAAUGCUCUGGACUUCUCGAGGGGAAAGCACCUUUGCCACAAAACGGGAAUCAUAGUCACCACCGAGAAGCUGAAGCCAUGGCUGCUGAAGGCCGUCAAAGAAUCUAUGGAAGAAGACAAGCUUCAUCUCCUCCAACUCCAACAUGUAUAAUCCAUACACUAUUUCAUAUCAAAAUGAAGAUCUGAAUGAAUAAUAGUUAUACACAUCUAUUUCCCAGUUUGUUCCCUGAGAUUAUUUCUAUUUUCAAGUCGCUCCCUAUA